AUGGAGGCAAUAACAGAACGUAUAUUCACAGAAACCUCCCUAGAGUCAACAUCAAACGAUGAUCCAUCAUUAUUAACAAUAAUACUAGACGUAUCACCGAAAGGUUGGUUCAAUUUAAGAAAUCAAAUAACAUUACAAGAUAUUACAAAAUCAUUAUUGGUAUUUGUAAAUAGUCAUUUAUCAAUAAAUAAUUCAAAUCAAGUUGCAUUCAUAGCUAGUUCGCCCUACAAAUCCAAAUUUUUAUAUCCUAACCCAAAUCCUCAAAUUAUAAAUUCCAAAAUCUCCCAAGGGAUGUAUAGACAAUUUAAAAAUGUUGAUGAUGUUGUAUUAGAUGAAUUAAAUAAAUUUAUUGAAGAAACAAGUGAGAAUUUACAAGAUGAAUCAAAAACUAAAAAGGCAUCUUCAACAAUAACAGGAGCUAUUAGUAUGGCUUUGACAUACACAAAUAGAAUGUUAACACUAGAUCAAAGUAUCAACACUACAACAGCAUCAGCAAUUUCAACAUCAUCAACACUGAACUCAUCAAACCAAACAAAUUCUUCAUCUGCAACCACAGCUCAAUCUACAGUAUCCAUGAAGUCUAGAAUUUUAAUAAUAUCUUCAAAUGAUAAUGACGAUUUAUUAAAUUAUAUACCGUUAAUGAAUUGUAUAUUUACUGCACAAAAAUUAAAAGUAUCAUUAGACAUACUAAAAUUGGGAAAUAGAGACUCGUCAUAUUUACAACAAGCAAGUGACGCCACAAAUGGUAUAUAUCUAAAGAUCCAAGACCCCAAUGGAAUAAUUCAAGUUCUAUCAACUGCAUUCUUUGUCGAACCAAAUCUUAGACCAUACAUAAUCCUACCAACAAAUUCUCAAGUCAACUAUAAAGCAAGUUGCUUCCUCACUAAAAAACCAGUAGAUUUAGGUUAUGUGUGUUCAAUAUGUUUAUGUAUUAUGAGUUAUAUCCCAAAAGAAAAUAAAUGUCCUGCUUGUUCAAGUGAAUUUGAUGAGAAAAUUAUAAAGCAAUUGACUAAAGAUCCUCAAGUUGUUGUAAAUAAGAAGAAAAGAAAAUUGGAAAACGGUAAUGAUAAUAAUGAAAGCUAG